CCAGCCCCGCCGCCCUCUCGCCGCUCGCUUCGGAGAGGAGAGGAGAGGAGCCGCCUGAGAGGUGACUGGAGCAGGGGGCUAGACAUGGCCCUGGCCGACAGCGCCGGCUGCGCCAGGCCUGGCGAGGACUCGGCCUUCCCCGAGAUCGUGGAGCUGAACGUGGGCGGGCAGGUCUACAUCACCCGCCGCAGCACCCUGGUCAGUGUCGCCGGCUCGCUGCUCUGGGAGAUGUUCGCGCAGAGGAGCGCCAAGGCCCUGGCGCGGGACAGCAAGGGCCGGUUCUUCGUGGACCGCGACGGCUUCCUCUUCCGCUACAUCCUGGACUACAUGCGCGACCAGCAGCUCGUGCUGCCAGAGCACUUCCCGGAGCGGGGCCGCCUGCAGCGGGAGGCGGAGUACUUCCGUCUGCCUGAACUGGCCAAGAGCCUGGCCCCGAAGCUCAGCAAGCAGAACUCCUUUGGGGAUGAGCCGUGCCAGAGCGACCCAGAGGAGCUCUCGCCGGGCACGGACGGCAGCCGCAACCUGGCCAUGGCUGCUGCCGCCUUGGCGGGCAUCCCCGGGGGCUCCAGCGCCGGGCAAGACACCCGGCGGUCCGGCUUCAUCACCAUCGGCUACCGGGGCUCCUACACGCUGGGCAGAGACAGCCAAACUGACGCCAGGUUCCGCCGCGUGGCCCGAAUCAUGGUGUGCGGCAAGACCUGUCUGGCCAAGGAAGUCUUCGGGGAGACCCUGAACGAGAGCAGGGACCCUGACCGGCCACCCGAGCGCUACACCUCCCGGUACUACCUCAAGUUCACCUUCCUGGAGCAAGCCUUCGACAGACUGGCCCACUCGGGGUUCCACAUGGUGGCCUGCAGCUCCACCGGCACCUGCGCCUUCGCCCACGAGCAGGCAGACAAGAUCUGGACCUCUUACACGGAAUAUGUUUUCUACCGUGAGUGACGCUCGAGCCCGAGCCAACCCCACGUGCUCCGAAGCCAGCCCUCCUCGGUCCUCCCCGAACCGCCACUAGAACGUAGACGCCACCCGGCCCUGGGGCCCACCCCCCCCCCCCCCACCGGUCCCUCUCCGCUCAUCCCCGUUCCAGCCUCCAAGUUGUACCUGCCCUGCUCCCUGACAGCGGCCGCGGCUUCCCCUGGAAA